AUGUAUAAAGAUGUCUUCCCUUGCUCCGGAUUCAAAUCCUUUGGUAGCUUCCUCGUCGCCGCUCUGGUAGCCGGCUUCGCCUCUGGUAACCCCAUGCCCAGAGCCUCUGGCUCUUUUGAGCUGAAGCAGACUGCCAACCCAAACUUUUCCUCCCGCAACGGCCCCCAGGCUCUCGCCAACGCUUACAAGAAGUACGGCAAGGCCGUUCCUGACCACAUUGCCGUUGCUGCUGAUAAGAACACAAACGCCAAGCGCGCUGCUGGCACCGCCACUGCCAACUCUAUCCGGGGCGACCUAGAGUACCUCGUCGACGUCCAGAUUGGCGCCGGCCAGACGCUCAAGCUGGACUUUGAUACUGGUAGCUCUGACCUCUGGGUCUUUUCCACCCAGACCGAGGGUGCCGGCUUCCAGACCAAGUACGACCCCUCGCGGAGCUCCUCUGCCAAGAGGCUUAGUGGUGCUACCUGGGAGAUAUCCUACGGUGAUGGCUCCAACUGCUCUGGCGACGUCUACACCGAUGACGUUACCGUUGGUGGUCUGACUGUCAAGGGCCAGGCUGUCGAGGCUGCCCAGGAGGUUUCUCAGCAGUUUGCCCAGGGUCAGAGCGACGGUCUUCUCGGCCUUGCCUUUUCCCAGCUCAACACUGUCACGCCCCAGAAGCAAAAGACGUGGUUCGACAAUGUCAAGCCUCAGCUUGAUUCCCCUCUUUUUGUCGCCGACCUGAAGCACAACGCACCUGGCAGCUACAUCUUUGGCAAGAUCCCCAGCGGCGCCGAGCAGGCCAGCUACGUGGAUGUCGACAGCAGCCAGGGAUUCUGGGGGUUCAGUGCCACGACCAUGUACGGUGAUGUUCAGGCCAUUGCCGACACUGGCACGACUCUUCUCCUCCUCGACAACCAGAGCGUCCAGAGCUACUACGCCAACGUCCAGAGCGCCGAGUAUGACCAGCAGGAGGGCGGCUUCGUCUUCAACUGCGGCGAACAGCUCCCUGACUUCCCGUUCCGCGUCGGAGGCGGCAUCAUCACCAUCCCUGGCGCCAUCAUCAAGUACGCCCAGGGCUCUGACGGCAGAUGCUUUGGUGGUAUUCAAGCUGCUGGCAACAUUCCUCUCAAUAUCUUUGGCGAUAUUGCGCUGAAGGCUGCCUACGUCAUCUUCGAUGGUGGCAACAACCGUCUCGGCUGGGCCCAGAAGAACUAA